UUCUAGAUCCAUUUUGCCUUCUUGGUUGUUAUUAAGAAAUUUCGGCAGUGUGCAUUUAUGCAAUGAUGUUCACUUUUGCUAUUACGGUCGUCCUGUUAACGACCGGGUCUUUCAGUCCCCUUCAAGCUCUCGAUUAUCUUGAUUUCCAACAAGAUGAGACCGGUCUUGGAGGCAAAGAUCUUGAUGAGGAAUACCAGCUUGCCUGGAAAUGCACUUGGUUUGUCUUUUGCGACCUGCAUCACAUAAUGGAAGCGAAAACACUUGUGGACGGACUUGAUAAUAGAACUGUCCUAUACCUUGCUAAUGAAAUACGGGCCAUGUUCCCAGAUAUUGAGGUAACGGAUGAAGAGAUAUUCGAUACCGAAGCUUGGGAAAGGAGAGCAGAACAAAUUGCGUGCUCUUUUACAGAUGAAGACAGGGAAAAAUUAAGGCAAAUACCUCUUACUGAUUAUGCUUCCGAGGUGUGUGAAGAGACUAGGGAAGACAGAGAAGAAUGCAAUAAGUUGGCAGCGACAGCAGAUAAGUCCAAAGAAAUUAUAACAAAUCACAAGGAAGAGUGUGCAGAAGAUGAAAUGGGCGAAGCCACUGCAAUGAAAUAACAGCGUAAUUUGUGACACUUACAAAAAACGCAAUAUUUCUGUAAUUGAAAAUAGUUUAAAUAAAAUAGUUGCUUAAAGAUUA